AUGUACGCGCUGCAGAUGCAGACCGCCUGCCAGGGCGAGGGCAACGGUGAGCCCGAUGAUCCCAGCAGCCUUCAUCAGGAACCAGUGCGACCUGCCAUUCAAGAUUGCAGUUCUUUCGAUAUUGUCAGAGCCACACAGUAUGGAGCAUUGGAUCGAGUGACGCAGUUGGUGGAAGCUGGUGCCGAUGUAAAUCAGCCAGAUUCGGAGACCGUGACGCUAUUGCAUUGGGCUGCUAUAAACAAUCGCAAAGAAAUUGUUAAAUAUCUCAUUGCGAAGGGAGCAGUAGUCGAUGCUAUCGGUGGUGAAUUGGCCUCGACGCCAUUGCAUUGGGCUACAAGACAGGGCCAUCUCUCUACGGUUGUGAUAUUGAUGAGGGCAGGCGCUGAUCCAACUUUGAGGGAUUCCGAAGGCUUCUCCUGCAUACAUUUGGCGGCACAAUUUGGUCACACGGCCAUAGUAGCUUACUUGGUAGCGAAAGGCGUAAAUCCAAACAUGCCGGAUAGAAGUGCCAUGACGCCCCUUAUGUGGAGCGCUUAUAAAGUCAAUAGUUUUCCCUUCUACAGUCUAGAUCCGACGCGAUUGUUGUUGACUCUAGGCGCGUCGCAUUCACUUACCGAUAAUCUGCACGGUAAUACGGCUCUGCAUUGGGCUAUUAUAGCAAAAAACAACACAGCGAUAUCUUCCCUAGUGCAACAUGGAGCCUCGUUAGACUUGCCGAAUUUUCAAAAUGAAACGCCAAUGACGCUGAUAGGUCCGCAUAUCGGCGCUGCGUGGCUAGGAACUAAAGCCAGUUUCGAUAUCAGGGAAAAGCAAGGUCGUACGAGAACAUGGUGUAGAGAUAAGAGAGUUCGUUGGUAUUGCAUGGUCAGUACGCCGUUUAUAGUAUUUUAUGUGAUUGGUAUAAUUCUACAGAGUGGAUGGGAUUAUUUAUUAAAACUAGGUGCCUUCAUCACCCUUUACGUAGCGAUGUAUCUAAUGAACCAUUUCGUGUUCGACGAGCGGCUGUUUCAUAUUUUGCCAAUGUCGAUUUAUCUGGCAACUAAGAUGUGGAUAUAUGUUACGUGGAUCUUUUGGCUAGGUAUCCAUGCAGCAUGGUAUGUAUGGUUGUUAUUAGUCGGUGGAUCUGUUCCUCUCUGGAUAUGCUUCCUACAGUCUUGGCGAGGCGAUCCCGGAAUUAUCACAGCUACUCACGAGGAUAAAUUAAAUACAAUAAUUGAAUUGGCUGAGUCAGGUGGUUUCGAGCCGCAAUGGUUCUGCAGUAGUUGUUUAGUCAGAAGACCCAUGAGAUCUAAACAUUGCUCUACGUGUGACCGUUGUGUGGCACGAUUCGAUCAUCACUGUCCAUGGGUUAAUAACUGCAUUGGUGCACAUAAUCACAAGUAUUUUCUUGGAUUUCUGGCGUCCUUGCUGGGAUUGUGCAUUGUUAUUUUAUCCGCUAGUGUACGAUAUUGGCAGUUUGAGUGCUGGUCAAACUUAACAAAUGGUCACAGCGCAGACAACUAUCUAGUAGCCGCAGCUACUUGCGAUGCUUGGGUGAUGUGGGUAGCAGUCAAUACAUCUCUUCAUUCUUUCUGGGUCGGGACUUUAUUAGCGUGUCAAUGUUAUCAGAUUAUGGUGCUGGGAAUGACAACGAACGAACGUAUGAAUGCCGGUCGUUACAAGCACUUUAAGCAAGGGAACCCGUUCCAUCGCGGUGCUCUGCAGAAUGCCGCCGACUUUUGUAACUUCAGCUUUUGCGGAGUGAAGGCGAAACCCAGCUCAGAUUGGUUGCACAGUUUCGAUCUAAAGCAGAGCAUUGAGAAGUUACCUUUGCUCGCGCAGAAAGAUAAUUUUCAGUACGUUUAGAAUUCUGUAAGCCGUGAGAAGCUUGUACACACAUACAUAUACCAUAUCACUUAUGCCUGAUAUACUCCUUGGGCCACCAAAGAGUUGCCGCAAACAUGUAAGUGACUUUCCAGUACGGCAGUAAUUAUGCGUACACGGACGGAUUUCGUUCGCGUCUUCUCUAGUUCUAUUAUACAGCAAUCGCUGAAUAACGAUUUUCCGACUCGUAUGUCGUAAAAGACUGUUAUAGUGCGAAUGUGCAUAUCCCACCUAUACUCUACUUAAGAAUAUGAGUGAUGAAACGAUAAAAAAUGCACAAAUUUCAUGAUUCGAUUUAAACUUUCAUCGCCCAAAUAUAAUGAACACGGAAAAGGAAUGAGUUUCUGUAUCGUUUAUUUACGAAUACAGGGAUAAUUGGAGAGAGACAUGUAGAAAAAAAAUUGAAGGUUAUAAAAUCAACCUGCAAACGGAAAUGGGCAACAUAAGAUCACUAAUUUGCGUCAAUCAUUCAUUUCAAUUAAGCAUCAUUCAAUUUAUAUCUUUGAUAUCGAGUUUUCUUUUUACCAAACAGUAGGAUAAUUCUUUAAUAAUUCAUUAAACGCAUAUUGUAAAUAUUUAUCUUGAAUCAUAUUCAUUUAUUCAUAUUUAUUCAUCAUUCCACAUCUGAUUUAAAUAUUGCGAUCCGUAAUAGCAAUUCAACAGAUGUGCUUCUUCAAGAAGUAAAUGCACUUAGAGCUUGAAAGUAUAUAUACUAUUCAGUGAUUAUAAAUUUAUAAAUCUGAUACCUCUAAUUAUACUAACGACUUAAUCUGCAAGAUCACAUCUAGGAUUACAGUUAUUUUAUCAACAGAAUAAUUGGAAGUCUAUAUAUUUCUCAUUGCAAAUGUUUGAAGAAUAUUUAUAUCGAUUUAUUCUCGAUGAAUUCUAUAAUUCGUAAAUGAUAAAAUGAGUAAAGAUGUAAAGUAAUAAAAUUUAUUGAUAGACAAGAAUGAUUAAUGUUCAAAUAAUGCAAUGUUUAAAAUUAUAUGGCGUAACAGAAAAGUAAAUAAUAAAGAUGUGGGGCCUACAUGUCAUCGCUAUAAAUGUGUAUAAAUUAUGCAAAUUAGAACGCGUAAGAAAAUCAAAUGCUGUGCGGUAGAAUUAUAGCCAAGAGAGAACUACAUAACAGCUAUUUAUACUGUUUAGUCUAUAUUGUUCGUAUUUGUAAGAGACUACCUGAAUUAAGUGCCAUGUUAUGCUUCUUGAAAUGCAUUUAUGUAAUUGACAUCACAAACUUCUGUUAAAAUCAACUACUAUUCGUAUUGGUUACUGUUGCGAUUAAAAUGUAAUAUUUAUAGUAAUAAUACGGCAUUUACAGUCACAAAUUGAUAUUAGAAAAAUUAUUUGUAAUAUUUAUUUACGGACUGUGUUAUAUAUGAAGCAUGUCAAAAAAAACUGUGUAAGCCACAAAGUCGCUUUUUGUAUGUUAAACAAAGAGUAAAUCUAGAAUAUCGUUACGCAACAGAUAAAUUAUUUAUUGGCUAAACACGACAGACAACGGUCUGUGUGUAAUUGUAAUUUAACAUUUAACUCCAAACUGAUAAUUCUUCCAAAUUAUAUGUACAAAUUAUUGCAGAAGAAAAUGGAAAUUAUUGCUUGUACAUUCCAAUUAACGGUAGCAUUUUAUAAUGAGGAUGUAGGAAAUGUCAAUUUAUAGAAUUAUCCCAUCAAAUCUUUCGAUUUCGAAUAAUUUGAUUAAUAAUAAAAUAUAUUGUAAGUAUUAUUUUCUAGAUGCACUCAUGGAAAUGAAAAUUGCGUAAAUAUGACGUAAAAUAGAUUUUUCUAGAAAGAUCUGUUUUACUUGAUGUAAAGUAUACCUACUUUUCAGUAGGAUAACUUCAAGGCGUUAAUUUUUCGAUGAGUGCGUAUAAAAACAAGUCGAUCAAAGGUUGGAUAUUUGCACAGUAUAGCUUUGAUUUUAUAAUUAAUAUAGGUAAAUGUAUAUUUAGUAUAUCAGAAUUAUUCUAAAUAUGCAUCCGGAAGGACAUGUUGGAUGAAACAUCGCUCGUGAUGCGUUUAAGCGCUAGUUAUAUCGAAAUUUCUAUUUCUCUUAAUUAUAACAAAUUCAGUGAGCGUUUAUUCGUAAAUAUAAAUCUAUACUUUAUUUAAUGCGUAAUAAAUAAGUAUAUCAAUUUUAUUUUAGUACCGAGAAUCUAACGUAAAGACUUUUUAUGAUUAUUCAAGCAACACGUCUUCGAGAUCAUUGAUACGCUCUAGUUUUAAUUCUAGGUUCGAUUUACCAGUUGUAUUAGUUGUACUUUAUACAGAUGAUUUUCUCGCCUGAUGAUUUCUUGUACAGAACGAUGAGAAACAUUCGUGUACAAACUGUUGAGAAACAUACAGAUAGUUUUAAUAUGGAUAUACUUGACAUAGCAAUCACACGAUUACUGCAAAAAAAAACGAGUACUCCAUGUCAAUGUUGUUAGCAAAAGAUACGUGUAUAUUAUAAAUAUAGUAAUAUGCAUAGAAGAUACAACUGAUUGUACUAUAACAUCAUUUGUCGGACAAUUACGUUUGUCAAAAGGAUUAUUUUGCGUCGGACGGCUCGAUUCGAUUGUUGCAUUAAUUACUUUUAUUUCUCUCAAUCUAGUCCAACUGAGAUUAUAUAAUAGCGAACAAUAGCAUUGAUAUACUUUGUUAACUAAUGUGUUGUGAUUACUUCCUGUAUGGAAGAUCUAAUCGUCGAAGUAAGCUGUAUUAAUCUUAACUUCUGUAUGUAUUACGUAUUAAUAUUUGAAGAUUGGGAUUGAAAUCGAUAUAAUUUUGCCGAAUUGACAGAUAGAAGACGAGAUGAUCAACAUGGGCGUAUACGAUUUUUAUGUUUAUUUGUGUUAUGAAUGUAACGCGACAAUUGGCAUAUAAUGCCUAGAUUUUCGUAUAAAUUAUACCGAUUUCUGCCCUCGCAAAUCAUGAGUAUCAAUGCGUCGUUAAGCAAGCGAAGUGAUACGAUAUAAAAGUAAUAAGACGUUUUUACGGCCGGGAAGCGUAUAUGUAAAAUCCUAAUGAAUGUUAUUAACAUACACGCACGUUUCUUACAUUGCUGCAUUUUCUCAAGCUCCGUAAAGAGAUAAUUUUAAGAUUAUAUAUACGAAAAAUAUCUUAUAAAAAAAGAAAAAAACAGAUGGAUUCACACGGAUAUAAAGUUAUAAUUCACGAUGCGACACCUUUAUUAUUACUGUGAUUUGUGAAGUAUAAUAACGAAAAACAUAUGUAACACGCAUACAUUGAAUGUUCGAAUUGCUGUUAAAUUUUUAACGAAUUAUAACAUAAUAUAUACACGAUGGUGUGGUGCGUUA